CCUGCAGUCCUUCGAGAGGGCUGGGUCACCCUCUCUUCAGGGUGGCCAAGUUUCUACCUAUGCCUCCUGACCCUGGUCAGGAGUGGGAGCUGAGAUGGACAAAGACCUUGUCUUAUCUCUGUAGUCUAUCUACAUCCCUCCUCCCUACACCUGGUCAGGGGACUAAAAUUCCAAAGAGGGUGGACAGCAUUAGGUCCCUUUCCUUCUAGUCCUGGGCUCUGGGGACUUCCUUGCUGAAGGAAGCAUGGCAGGGGCAGGUAUCAUGGGAAGCUCGCGACUUCCGGAGACCGGUGGGGUAGGUCUGAACUCAGCUGAAUUUGUGGGGCAGAGAAGGUGGAAGAAAUGUGUGUCUGCGAGCACAUGCAUGUGAGUGUGUGUGUGCGUGUGCGUGUGCGUGUGUGUGUGUAGACAGAAGGGGGAGGGAGACAGAGAGAGAUCUAGGAGCUCGGGUGCGUCACUGUUGCCGGGAAAGUACACAGUCUGACUCAGUGGGAACAUCCGGCAGGAAGGGAGGAGGGUACACAGUAGCAUUUGCAAGCAGGAUGGGAACUCGGGAGCUGCGGAGAUGGGGUGUGGGGCCAGGGGUGAAAGCCUGGCCAGCAAAGGGGCUGAGGAUGGUGGCAAGAGAACACAGAGGAGGGAGACAAUGGUGAGGGAAAAGAGCUGAGCUGGUCAGUCAGGGACCUCAUUCAAGGCCUAUGACCUUAUAAGUACUGAAGCUGACCUAGGCACCCCGGGGCUGAGAGACUGCGAAGAGUGCCGAGGAAGGAGCUCGUGUCUUUUCUGGGGAUCAGAGGGUCUGGCAAGGUCCUCCCUGGAGUACAAGGCAGAGAAGGGUCCUGACUGCUCUGAGUGGAAAUGUUAAGGACCCCAGAGAAAGGCCCGUCUAGGCCUAAUAAAGGGGCUGGUGACCCAGAGAGUUAGGCCUCCAGGAGUGGUCGUGCUCGGAGUGCAGAGAAACCAUGUUCAUCCUCAGGGACCAGAUGACGGGAGAGAGGCUUUUGAGGUCUGUGGUAGUGUGGGAUGGCCUGGGGAAGAGGAUUCCUCACUCUUGGCUAAUGACUUAAACCUAUGCUGAUUGGACAGCCAGUAGGAGAGCGGAGGAAUGCCUGAGGUGGGGCCCUCAGGGCAUGGAGCCUGCAUCCCUUGCCUUUUUCUCCUACCAGGAGGGUGAAGGCCUCUGUCUGUGGUCCACCCACUCUAUUUGCAGGCAAAUACAGGGACCUCACAGGGCUGAGUCCACAAUGCGCAGGCACGAGGACAAAGAUGCCGAGCUGGACCGUAGGAUAGUUGCCCUGCGCAAGAAGAACCAGGCCUUACUGCGUAGGUACCAGGAGAUCGAGGAAGAUCGUCGCCAGGCAGAGCAGGGGGGCAUGGCUGUGACCACACCAGGGCUCUUCCAACCCGACAGCCUCACAGUGACCAUCAGCCAGGUUCCUGGUGAGAAGAGGGUGGUCAGCAGGAACUGGGCCAGGGUGCCCCCCGGAAGGAUUGACGCACUGACAGACGACAAUGCUGCCACCUCGACGGGCACUUUCUGCCUGGGGGACCGGGUGGAACUAGCUGUCACCAUGGAAAACAAAGCCAGGGCCAAACGGAUUGUGAGUGAAAAACCCACCACCCAAGCAAGGACUCCAAGGGCGAAGGGGACAUCUGGAGGCCGGGGGGGCCAGAGCUCUCCCCUGCAGAUGGGUUUCAGCCCAGAUUCAGCAGGGAAGGGCGGUCUGGAGCCCCGGAGUCCAGGCGUGGCCCCAGGCCCACCACCCCCACAGCCCGUGGGACGGCCCCCAGAGGCCGACUGGGACAAUAGGCAGUGGAAGCAAGAGCGACAGCAGAUUGACCUGGCCCGUCUUGCCCGGCACAAAAAUGCACAGGGUGACUGGAGCCACCCGUGGGACCUGGACAAAGCCAAGUCCAUGUCACAGAACUGCAGCAAGCCUAGAGACAAGGACUGGACCCCAGGCAGAAAGGGUCCUAGGACCCACCAGAAGCUACAAGCUCCACCACCAUCCAUGGAUGGAAAGCGUCGAGGUGAACAAUCUGGAAGACCCUCGGUGACAUCCACCAUAGGCAGCAAAGCCCAGGGGAAGGAGAGGCUGACUGGCAGAGCCCGAAGGUGUGGCCUGAAAGAAGACGAGAAGCUGAAGAGCCAGGAGGGAAGUCAGAGCACCACGAAGACUCCCAGGACAGAGGAAGAGCGUGAACAGAAGCAGAAUGAAAUGGAACCAGGCAGACAGGAGACCACACCUGCCACCAGUCCAGUUCCGGCCUCCCCAGAGGGGCUAAAAGAGGAGUCAGGAACCUCUACAGUCAGUGUGACCCUAGACACCCCACAAAAUUCUGAUUUGGCUCCCCUUGACCUCUCUCUAGGAGGAGCUAGCAGCCCCAAGCCUGAAAAAAGUACAUGUGGACUCAGUACAAAGUGUGGGGGUCCUGAAAGUCCAGUAUCACGGCCAAAUGGUUCUGCGCAGCGGACCCUGGCAUGGAACGACCACCAGUCUGGGUUGGCAGGCUGCGUUUAUACUGAGCCACUGAAAGAAGCAGAGGCCUCAGAGCCCAAAGAGGACCAGGCAGGUAAAGCUGGGGCCCAGCAGAACCUGGCACCGAGAAGCAGGCCCCCCAGAGGAACUGGCCAAAGGGCAAGAGGCACAAGUAGAAGAACCAGGGCAGGAGGUCCUGGCCCUGCAGGAAGCUGCUGAACAAAGCUCAUGGGAGUUGGGGAGCCAGGCUGUGGAGGAGAGAGCUCAGUCAAGAACCUUCUGUGUGACAGGGGUCUGGCUGCUUGUGGCUUGUACCUUUGUGGUCGAGCAGUGUGGCAAAAAUUCCACAGGAACACCACAUGAGGGCCUCUUAUGCACAUCUCUCUACACAAGUGGAGUUAUACAUAUAGGCAAGGACCCUGGUAUAUUUGCCAGGCUGAGAUCUCUUGUCCAAGGAUGGUAUCCCUGGCCUGGGCCUACUGCUACCUAGGAUAGGGCCCUUCCCACAAAGCAAGAAUUGGUAGUGGUAGUGCCCCAGAAUGUGGGUCUCCUGGCUCCUUGUCACUCCACAUGGCAGGUCUCCCUGCCCAGUCAGAGCUUUCAGGCUCCUCAGCGAUAGGUAGUCUCAAUGCUGGUGUGGCCAGCCCAGCCCCUUUCUGAUACCCAUGCCUUGCACCCAGGUGACUCACAGUCCUGGUCUUCCAAGAUGGUCAAACUGGGAUUUCAACAAUUGCCCAAGGCCCAUAGAAAGUGGGUUGGGGCUUACGGCUGUCAGGAUCAAGGCUGGAAUGGAAGG